AUGGUCACCAAUAUUGAUCCAAUCGUCGACUCAAAUCCAAUCCCGAGAAUGCAAAUUUUAGAAGCUCCCGCAUACAUGCCCCAAGUAACUACGGUGGCAAGAAAUAGGAACGUAGUGACACCUCUUGGUCCAGAAGCUCAACCCAUAGGGAACGUGGAAGUAUCUAUGACCGAAGAACAAGAAAUAGAGCAAUUCGAGGCUUUCAAGAAAUAUAAGGUUAAGAAAAAGCGACAAGCAGAAAAAGUAAAACAAAAACACAUACCAAGAAGGAUUGGGAUCGUGUGUCCGUACAUAUGUAUGAUUCCAGUGAUUCCAAAAGUAAAGUGGUGA